AUGCAGUCCUCCUUCUCCCCCAGACAUUCGUUCGACGACACCGGACGUGAGUCCUCCUCGCCAAGGUGCGCCUCCCCUGCGGGCGAUGAUCCCCGGCGCAAGUCCAUCCAGUUUCAUAUCGGGGGAGUCGAAGCGCAGUCUCCUGUCCGUCGGUCUUCAAGCGUUAAAGUCCAGAAACGAUCGCAGAUCGAGGUGCCGGAGAAGGAUCAGAAAAGUGGCUCUGUUAGUCGAGGCCUUUCUCCGCCUCCGCCGCAAACCUACGAGCGCGGUGUGUCCUUUGAUACGUUCGAUAACCCCGACGCGGCGGACUUCUCGUUGACUUUGAACUACAAACAUAAAGGCUAUCAGUGUACUCGUCGCAGUCGGACUUUUCUCUGUGGCACUGAUCAGAAUGAUUACUCCGAUUUUGCCCUGGAGUGGCUGAUCGAUGAGUUGGUCGACGAUGGCGAUGAAAUCGUCUGUCUGCGAGCCGUUGAAAAGGAUUCUGGUCUCGCGAGCGAUGCCGAAAUCGAGGCUGGAAAGUACAGGAAGGAGGCUGAGAGGCUGUUCGAGCAGGUCAUACAGAAGAACAGCCAGGACGAAAAGGCCAUCAGCUUGGUUCUAGAAUUGGCGGUUGGUAGGGUUCAGGACAUUAUUCAGCGAAUGAUCAGGAUCUACGAACCUGCGCUGUUGAUCGUGGGAACGCGCGGCCGUAAACUUGGAGGCGUGCAAGGCUUGCUGCCAGGUUCUGUCUCCAAGUAUUGCUUGCAGCAGUCGCCCAUCCCGGUCAUUGUCGUCCGCCCCUCCACCAAGCGAGAAAAGAAAAAGAAAAAGCGGCAGGCGGAUCCUACCAGGCGCAGCUACAAUCAGAUCCUUGAGCAGAGUUCGCGUCGGGGUAGCCGCAUCUUUGAUGCGAGCUCGAGUACCGACAGCAACAUCUCUAGACUGCCCGACGAAGAGGCCGCGGUUGCGGCAGCUUUGGGGCUCCCUCCCUCAUAUACCAAUUCUCGGAGCUCUCUUUCCAUGUCGGAGAGAAGCAGCGUCAGUCAGGAGGAACCAGUGUCGCCCAAUUGGGGCUCUUUGAGCGUCACCGCCAAAAAUCGUCUUGCGGAGAGCGCAGAGACCACGGAAGACGAAGGCGACUCCGAUGAUGAUAAUCCCGCUCCCCGGUCAGGUCAUCACAUCGAGGAUGUGUCGCCGAGGCACAAGGCUGCGGAUGACGAUCAGGAUGUUGCCAAGGACGGCGACAUGUCACCGGACACUCAUACACAGACCACAACGAUGAAUGCUCCACCUCUCGAAUCACUAAAGGUCAAUAUUCCAGUUAUUGUGACUGAGGAUAUUUCGACCUAUCAAAAAGAUGAAGGCAAGGAUGAAUGA